GAAAAUACUCACACACAACGAAUAAACAUGUGAGCUCCUAAAAUUAUCGUUGCUUUUCCUCUCGUCGUGAAACACUCACAUUUGAGAGAAAUCGCAAUCCCGACGACGGCGAACGAAGUCGUGUCCAUCGCCGGCCGGCGCAGUCGAGGGCAAGGGGCAGGAGCUUCAAGAACAGUUGUCGAGCGGAGGCAUAAUUCCACGAGCAGCCGCGAAAGUGCCACGCUCCUUCGCGAGCACAGGGACACGAAGAGAGAGGACAGGACACGACAGUGCAGCGCAGGGCAGGGCGAGGCCGAGUGGGAGCCGUCCUCGGAGUGUGGAAGGCGAGCAGCACCAGCAGCAGCAGGCAGCAGCAUGCAUGAAGAGGAAUUUCGCUGUCUCGCCCACAGUCCCGAGUAUCAUCGAUUCGAGUGAGUGGACCCUGCCUCCGGUCAUCGGCUGACGAUCAUGACUGAUUUCUGUAUGCGGAGCGCGCGGGGCUCGGGUCCUGGCACAGCGGAGCGGCCGUGAGCUUGCCCAUCACUCUCUGAUCACCCGACGGCAAUCCGCGCGACGGACGAACUCCGGGGAGUGGAAUGCGAUGCGAUGCGGUAGGCGGCUGAGUUCGUCGGUUUAAUCGGGCAGGGGAUUGAGAAUCGAGUGGUGGCGGGGAGCGAUGGCAGCGUGGGCGAGCAGACUAGCGUUGGUGGUGGCGUUUCUGGCCGUCGCUUUCAUGGCCAUCAUCAAGUGGUUGGGCACUGAGAAAUUCGGGAACGAAUCCAUCAACUACCUCAGCGGAGGAUGGUUUCGUGAGAGCGCGGAUUGGGAUCCCGAGCAGAACCGUGUCCUCGUGUCGUGUUUCGAAGGUGGUAUCGUGGAGAUUCGAUUGAACAGCAGCAAUCCGGGCGCCAUUCUUUUCGAGAAGAGUGUGGUCGUCGAUCCAGACUACGCCGGCACUGCAACCCUUGGGCUUGCGGUGGACUCCCCUCGAAAGCGCGUCAUUGUGGCCAUUGGGGAUAUGCACAAGCGAUAUAGUGCUGUGGCGGCUUACGAUUUACACUCGUGGGACAGACUCUACCUAACCGAACUCUGUGGUCCAGAGAGGGAGUCUUUUGCCGACGACGUAACAGUGGACAAGCAUGGAAACGCUUAUGUCACAGACGCAGCUGGGAAUGUCAUAUGGAAAGUUGGCCUCGACGGUUCGCUGACGGGAGUUAUUUCUAGUCCAGUGUUCAGUUCACUUCCAAAUCAGCUGCCCUUAAAUUUAGUUGGUCUAAAUGGUAUCCAGGUUCAUCCUGACGGGUUUCUUCUCGUCUCUCAUACAUGGGCUGGGGCUAUCUUCAGAGUCUCCCUGGAUGGAAGUUCUGUGCACGUUGUAAAAGUCGAAGGCUCCAUGCAGGUGCCUGAUGGCAUCCUCCUGGCUUCACCUCAAAAGUUGGUGGUUGUCACGGGGCUCAGUAGCUACUUAGUGGAAAGCAUAGAUGGAUGGGAAACCGCCAAGAUCAUCGAUACCUACACCGGGCCUCUUCAUCGAGUCGGAACAGCAGCUUUCUUAAGGGACGAUAAGGUGUAUAUCAAUUUCGGUGUGGGAUACGGCCUGAAAAGUAGACUUUUCACCAUCCGAGAAGCAUUUAAAUUGCACUGACUUCGACCUUCAUUUGUGAAGUUCAGCUCGUAGGGGUUCUUAUAAAGGAGUUGUUAGCCUCAACCUCCAUCAGCAUCAUUUGCAUGGUCGUGCAGCAUCUCCUACGAGAUAUAUUGUACGAGCAUAACCCACAUGUACAAACCAGAGCUUUAGCGCCGAGUUUUUUUGCAUGUGUGAGUCCAAGCAACAGCGGCUUAUCCAGAUUUUGCCCCAUUUUCACCAAUACUUUCUCUGCUUUGAGAGCAGAGAGAUGAUUUGCGAAUAUAUAUCCAAAUAUAAAA